AUGUUCAUGCGUUUGGACGUCUGCUAUUAUGUUUUCAUUCUGAUGGCCCACAUGAAGUCUUGUUGCAGUUGGUCUGUUAAUAACUUUCUGAUGACUGGCCCAAAGGCUUACCUCAUCUACUCCAGCAGCGUGGCCACCGGCGCCCAGUCUGGCAUCGAGGAGUGUAAGUUCCAGUUCGCCUGGGACCGCUGGAACUGCCCCGAAAGAGCCCUGCAGCUGUCCACGCACAGCGGACUGCGCAGCGCGAACAGAGAGACGGCCUUCGUUCACGCCAUCAGCUCCGCCGGGGUCAUGUACACUCUGACCCGAAGCUGCAGCCUCGGCGACUUCGACAACUGCGGCUGCGACGACACGAGGAACGGGCAGCUCGGGGGCCAGGGCUGGCUGUGGGGCGGCUGCAGCGACAACGUGGGCUUCGGGGAAACCAUCUCCAAGCAGUUCGUCGACGCCUUGGAGACGGGGCAGGACGCGCGGGCUGCCAUGAACCUGCACAACAACGAGGCGGGCCGCAAGGCCGUGAAAGGCACCAUGAAGCGGACGUGCAAGUGCCACGGGGUGUCCGGGAGCUGCACCACUCAGACCUGCUGGCUGCAGCUGCCCGAGUUCAGGGAGGUGGGCAAUUACUUGAAGGAGAAGUACCACAAGGCCCUGAAGGUGGACCUCCUGCGGGGGGCCGGGAACAGCGCGGCUAGCCGCGGCGCCAUCGCCGACACCUUCAGCUCCAUCUCCCGCAAGGAGCUCGUGCACCUGGAGGACUCGCCCGACUACUGCCUGGAGAACAAGACGCUGGGCCUGCCGGGCACCGAGGGUCGCGAGUGCGUCAAGAAGGGCAAGAACCUGCGCAGGUGGGAGCGGCGCAGCUGCAAACGGCUGUGCGGAGACUGCAGCCUGGCCGUGGAGGAGCGCAAGGCCGAGACGGUGUCCAGCUGCAACUGCAAGUUCCACUGGUGCUGUGCGGUGAGGUGCGAGCAGUGCCGCAAGACCGUCACCAAGUACUUCUGCGUGAAGAAAGGCAAGGGGGUGAAGAACGACACGGCCAGCAGGGGCAAAACCCUGAGGCCCAAGAAGAAGCACUGA